CGGACACGCAGCGCCCGUCCCGCGGGCCCCGAGCCCUCCGCGCCUCGGCCGUCUGCCCGCCUCUCCCGGGCUCCCCGGCGUCCCACCCCUGCUCGCCGGCGUCGCGCGGCUUGAGUGCUGUCUGCUCUCUCCGGGGUGCCCCAAGGCCGGAACGUGUCUGCUGGCCGCCUCGCCUUCGCGGACGAGCCCGUGCACGCAGCAGCUGAUCAAUACUCUGGUGGAGUCGGUGCCGUCCUGUUUGCGCCUGUGCCUGCGCUCACUGGCGCGACCCUGCAGGUCUCCUCUCUUUUCCCGGACUCUGUGCUGGAGGCGGUGCCCGUGGUUCCAUCGCCUGCUCCGCUAUUCUGACUGCUUCUUCAGCAUCACACGCAGCUGAGCGCUUCAGUCCCUUCCUGCUCCCUGUUCCGUUCCCCAAGCUCACAUUCCUACUGUACCUUCCCGCUGCACAUGGAUGCCUUCCCACCCAAUACGGCCUCCAGAGUUGUUGCUUUUCCUCCAAAACAUUGUCAUCAUAGUUUCCCAACCCUGCUGUAGUGAAUGACUAUAAACUCAGUGACCCAAAAAGGCACAACUUUAUUCUUUUAGGGUUUCAGAGGUCAGAUGCCUAAAAUUGGCCUCACUGAGUUACACUGAAGGUGUCUACAGGCUGCGCUCCUUCCAGAGGCUCUGGGGAAGAGUUUGUCCCCUUGCCUUCUCCAGCGCAGAGAGGCGAUUGCAUUCCUUGGCUCCUGGCCCCUUCACAGCGAAGACAGCAGCAAGCAGUCCCCCUCCCCUCUGAUGAAAGGGGCCUGUGACCACAUCCGGUGUGUGGGGACCCAGUGAGCAUCUUCACCACCCCAGCCAGGGGCAGAACGCGCUCACCACUUCCCCAGUUCGGAUGCGGCUGCACUUGGGCCAUCACCGUCUUCCCCAGUCACCUCCCAACUUCGCUGCUCUCCUGCUAGGGCUGCCUGUCUCCGUCUCUCACCGCACAGCUCGAGCGGCUCCUCACUGUCUCCUCGGGUGUCCCCUCCCCUAGUCUGUCCCUCAAUGUGCUCCGCUGCCAGUCGCCGGAGAGCCCCUCAGGCGGUGCUGGUAGCUUGGCGAGAGCUUUCUGCCUCUCCCUGGGGGAGCUCUUCAGUAAUUUUUUGGAAAUAAAUUUCUUUUACCAGCA